AUCUAAAAUUCUCCAGAAUCUGUGACAACGUGGUCGGCCAUAACCUUUCUUUUUCCAACCAUCUUGGAAGCUUGUUCGUGGAGUUAAUUUCCCAAUUUUCAAGACAUGGCCAAGUCAAAGAACCACACCAAUCACAACCAAAACCGUAAGGCCCACCGUAACGGUAUUAAAAAACCGAAGCAGUUCCGUCACGAAUCAACCCUUGGUAUGGACUCUAAGUUUUUGAAGAACCAGAGGUUCUCAAAGAGGCACAACUUGAGCACCGCCAAACAACGCCAACGUGCGCAGGAACGCAAGGCCAAAGCCAAGAAAUAAUUUAAGUUUUUUGUAAUAUGUUUACUCAAUAAACAGUUCCACUUAAA